AUGUCGACUCGCUGGUAUACCUUGUAUCAGAAAGGUAAUCCACAACGUAGAGUGUUUCUCCCAAACUUCUGGAUGAAACUCGUGAAACCAGAAAACAAUCAACCAAAGAAUAUAGUACAAUUCCAGUGCUCAAUGGAAAUGACGAAAUACGAUAUAAAAAAUUAUUUAGAAAAGAUCUACGAUGUGCAUCCUGUUGUUGUUAAAACAAGAAUUGUUCUGGGGAGAACGUAUAUGCCUGAGAAAUUUGUUGUCAAGGACGAUGAUGUGAAAAUGGCUUAUGUCACUCUGCCGAAAACAGAAGAAUUCACUUUCCCUGAUGUGGUCCCUGGAGAAGACCAGACAAGCACUAAAUUAAGCGAGGUAAAAGAGAAUUUCAAGAAGUUCGUCGGUAACAAUAAGAUGCCUGGUUUUCCCAGCUGGUUCAGGGUGUAAAUUUGUAAUUAGCUAGACGUAAAUAAAUGAAAUUGAUCUAA